AUUUGUUUGGGUGGAAAAACGGGGGUGAAGAAAAUCGUUGGAACAGCAAUUAAGACACUGUUGAGAGGGAGAAGAAAACAGCAAGUGGUUGACACCGUGCGGACCCACCGAUCAAGAGGAUAAUGGAGUACAGGUUUUGGGGGGGAUAAAUUGACCAAGUGAAGGCAUCAAAUGGUAUGCUGCUGAGAUGAGGAGCUGGUGUUGGGCACAUUGGAAGAACGUUAGACAUGUGGUAUUAAUCUACAACGAUCAUCCUCUGUGAUAUGGGCAUUGACAGUGUAGUGUUGAUGCUCCUUGCAACAUUUAUGCAAGGGACACCAGGGGUAGAAAGUCAAGUGACCCAGCAGUUGGCAAGCAAUUGCCAAAGUACAGAAGACUGUGGAUGGAGGGCAACUUGUGAAAACUCCACUUGUACCUGCCCCAGUUACCACACACUUCAUCUGAAUGGCAGAGAUUGCAAAAAUGAAUCCUGUUCUGCCACAGACUGUCUCGAAUGCUUUCAACCUGACAUUUGUUUCAGGUGUGUCAAAUUUAUUCUUGCUGAUGAUCGAAGUUGUGUUGAUCAAUGCAAUGGUGUAGCUGAUGUCAUCAUAGAUGAAUCUUUCCAGGGCAAUGUUUGCAAAGGGUCUGACAAAACUAACAUCAUUAUUGGAGUGGUGGCAGGAGUGGGCUCUGCGUUAAUCAUCUGUGCAGUCAUCAUUCUUGUUGUGUGCAUUCGUAUACGAAAGACAAGGAAGAAUGUCAGUCUGCAAAAGCACCAUUACAAAUCACCCCAUAUGGAGAUGGGCUCUGUUAAACAGUUCCCAUCAUACAUCAACCACGCUUUUGUUGCUGAAAAUGUCAAGAUGGGAGUUAUUGACCCUGAUGUGUAUGCCACACAACUAGAAGAGCUACGGCCACAUACACAAACCCUGAUGCAGCUGUUGUCACAAAUACGGCCUAAAUUACGUGCAAUGGAUUCCGGUGAUCCAAGGAUUCCUACAUAUAAGGGCGUUAUACACCAGUUGUGUCGAGUGCUUGUGCUGCUCCAUCGUCAAGAUAAUGGGAGCAGUAUACCAUCGGAUGCAUUGGGUUUGAUUGAAUGGGCACAGCAGAUGCUGGAGGACCACCGACAGCAGCAGGAGCUUCAGCCAGACCCAGUGGGACCUGAUGUGCUCGGUGACCUGGGGCAGGGCAGGAUUUCUUACAUUGACGUGGAUGGGGGUAUGGACAUGCUGCCUUCUCCUGUUGUCUAUGCACAGCCACUUGGCACGAGUAAUGAAUCUCUGCAUUCAGAAGGCAGUGUCAACCCUUACAGCUCAGUUCCAGUGCCUCUCUUUCAGGACAGUGAACCUAACAAGUCUCAGAAGACAUACGCCACAAUUCACCGCAGUCCAUCGGUGCCAUCUGCCAUCAACAACGGAAAGAGCAUCUAUGCUCGCUCCACAUUACAAAAGGGAAAUGAAGUCACCAAAGCAAAAAACAGAACCACAGGCUAUUUCGCCAAUGGGCGAUACUAUGACCCUAACCCUACUCCUCAGCCAGAGAUUUAUGCCCCUGCCAGCUCUUAUAGCGAUCGCAGUACUGUGUUACUGACCACAUUUGUUCCCGAUCGACCACGUUCACGCUCAUUGUCAACAUCUGAAGCAUCUAGUGAAGGGGAACCUGUGGAUGGUGAGGGAAGUGAUGAAGACUAUGAUGUGUUUCCUUUUGAUCCCAAGGAAGCUACUGACCCAGUGGAGGUGUGAUGUUGACCUAGUUCACGAUCACUGUGCAAAUGUCACAUUCUUUGCAAGGUUAUUCUCCCCUACACUAUAGAUCAAAAAACUUUGACAGGAAGUUACUUUAGUCAUACAGAAGAAGGUUUGCUUUUGCCAGGAAGAGCAUCUUCAUGAUAUGCAGAAGGGAAGAAUUCAGUCAUCAUUUUCAGUCAUUCACACAGCUUUAAUAAUUUUAAUAUGAUAGCACACAAUUUUUAGUAAUAUAACUUUGCAUAGUUAUAGUUUGAUAAUUUUCUGUGAGUUUGGGAGAGAGAUUUGGGAGGAGCAAGGAUGACAGUGUAAUGUCAAUUUGUGAUGAAGAAUAUAACUUUAAAUAUUGUUAAAAAUUAAGUCUUUUCUUUAUUUCCCUCACUACCUCUUACAAUUUUUUUUUACCUCCACUUCACAAUGAAGUGGCAUCAAGUCAAGGAGAUUCUAUGUAGCCCUUUGCUUGUGCCUGAUAAGCCACUCAAGUGUGCCAUCCACCUCUAAAGCACAUUAAUCUACAUAAAACUGGGUUUCCUUAUACAUGCCACAUUAUUUCCAACAGGGUUACUGAAACUGGUAUUUUGUAGCCCCGUCAUUGUAUUAAAAUUGUUUUCUUUUAUUUAAUGUUGUAUUCUGCCAUCACAUAAUUAGUAAGGUUAACAGACGUGAUCUUCCUCCCAUAUCCCUCAUCAGACGAGGAGUUCUGUCUCCCUUUUUUCAUCAAAUGGCAUCUUCUGGUGAAAGUAAUCUGUGAUGUAAGGUGGAUAGAUUUACAAUUUAGCAAAUCAGAGUGCUUUAAGAUGAUUGUGAUACAAACUGUUGAAAAUAUGGAUGCAUGACAUAUUUGUAAAUGCCAAGGAUGUAAAUUCCUAGCUUGUCUGACACAUCAAAGAAAAACAUUUUAUUUCUUUAGAUCUAAGUCCUUAAGUAUCUUUGUUAUUUGAUGAAACCCACGCUAUUGUUAGUUUAUUGCUACUGAAGUAUCUGAAAUACCAUUUUUGAAUUUUUAAACAUUUUUUUUCUUGUUGGCACUUGCCAAAAUAAAUAAGCCUAUUUCAAUAUCCACAAUUAAUGUAGUUAUUGUCAAAUAAUCUCACUUUUUACUAAAGCUUUCACAACUCUUGGCCUGCCUUGUGCAGCAUGCUCAAUUCCAUCACUAUAGGUACGAUGCAAAAAAUAAAAUCUUGACAAGUGCAGCACUAAUUGUCUCUGCCUUAUUUAAUCUUAUUAUAAUUGCUGCAUCGUGCAAAAGUCAUCAUAGUAUAAAGGAUAUGCAUUCCAUAACAAGCUUCUUUUUUUUUUUUUUUUUUUUUUUUUUGAGAACAGAGUCCUUUUGCUCUGCUGUUUAUGCAAUUCCAUUUAUCAGCAUUCUUUGAACUUUAAUAUACUUAUUUGUAAUGGGGCCUUCUCAAUUCCUGCAUUUUUUUUCUGGAUCUGAAUGUAUUUUUUUUCAAAUUGCAAUUUGACCAAGUUUUGCUGGUCCAGUUUUCCUUGUCAUCAGGUGCAGUCACUAUGAGAGACAGAGCACAUCACUGUCAGGUUGUGAAAAAUAACUUCUGCUUUCCUUUAUAUCUAUCUCCAUAUCCAUGUUAUCUAUCUGUAGUUUAUUGUUUUAGUUUUUGAUUUUCAUCAAUAUAUCUCGUAUACUGUUCUGCAAUUUGUCUUGCUAUCUAAAUACAAUCUUAUACCUCAUUUAAAGAAAAAAGACUGGUUUGUGCUAAUCUUGCAAAAUGGGAAAAGCAAUGGAUGACAUUAUAUUAUUGUGUAUCAAAAUGCUUGUGAAAUGGAGCAAUUGUUUGUUGGCAUGUCUGAUAAUUUUCAAGUUGUAUCUUGAUUGUGUGCCAUAUUAUGUAUUUGCAUCAUGGCUUGUCUCUACCUUUUGUUUCCUACUGCAAGUCAUAUGUACAAUAUAUGUAUGGUGAACUACUUCUACAAAAACAUCUACAUCGACAUUAGAAUGACAAUAGUUUAUGUUUCUUUUUCAUUGCUUUGUGACACAAAAUGUGGUUGUAAAACUUACAGAUGUAAAUUGUGACACAUCUAAGUCUUGAAUGACUUGAUGUAAAGAUAUUUGGAUUUGUAUUUUUUGACAUUUGAUUAUGGUAACAUGAUCAGAUUUAACUAUGCACCUUAGCAGGAAGACUGUUCUGUGAGAAAUGUAGAAAUGUGUAUGUGUAAUAAAUUGGUAUCUGCAUUCAAGUUUGUCAAUGACUUAAAUAGGUUGAUGAUGUGUUUUUAUGUCUCUUCCUUUGUGAAAGGGGAAUUUGUUUUGUGAUGUCAUGUGCUUUUAUCUUCACUGAGCUUUUUUAAAAAAAGAUUAAAAGAUAGUGUUCAUUAGCUCCACGUUUUGUGGGUGCGUGCUCCACACAAUUCAGUUAAGUUACAGGCAUUGUAUGCCCAUACCAGGUAAAAUUUUAUUCCUGAAAGUCCCCUUUGAUCUGUUUUUGUUUCCAGGACUGCAUUGUAAGAACAUUUUUUCCCCUUUUUUAUACAUAAAAUAUGAAGAGAGUCUAUUGGUUCCUGAUAUUCUGGGUACUUGCUGCAUAUCAGUGGUUGGCAAAGCAGAAGCUUAGUUUCAGUUGUGCAUUUGUACUGAAUAUACUGCCAAUCUGUGAACAACCUAUGUAAACUGUGAUCUUAAUUUUUUGGGGGAAAUCAUGUUCAUAUCAGGAUUGAAAUAUUUGCCUUUUGACAAACAUUUUAUUAUGUCCAACCAGUUUAUGUGUGGAGUUGCCAAUGACACGUUAUAUAUUUCCUUAUACGCAUAUACAAUCCUUCCCAUAGAUGUAUAUUGGAGCAAAAUAUGAAGUUCUCAGCAUAAAAAUUCCUAUGUAUGAUGACAGAUUACUGAAUUUAUUCAAAUUUAAUGGGACACAUGCAUAGAUUUGCCAUGAAUUGUUCAUGUAAUUAUUGCUUACAUAGAUGGGCGGCAAUGUUGUAACCAUCAGAUUAUAUCUCAUUCACUAGCUAUUGAGGGUUUAUAUUUCUUUUGGUGUUUUGUUUUCUUCUGUUGGUGUAUACCAUGAAAAAAGUGUUUCAUUUUCAAAUUUCAAAUGAACGAGCAUGUAUUUUCAGAGGCAUCUGCUUUGGAGCUGUGGUUACGUAUUUUGAUAAGGAGGGGAGAAAAAUUGCUAAAUGCUUUUAGACUGUGAUGCAGAAUAAAAACAUUGUCUGAUUACAUUUGGAAGACUUGGAAUAGGUGUAUGUGUGUUUCUGUUUUGCAAAUUAACAGUUAAAUAAUGUACCAUGCAGACUUGAUUAUUUUUUUGUUCUGUGAAAUAUUAAGGAAACCAGCAUCACAUUUCAUUGAGAACGGAGCUAGAAAGAUAAGUAUGAUAAUAAACAUACAAUGUUUAUAUGUGUUAGCUGUUUUCGUUUGUUCCUACUUGAGCAUGAGAACACUGUGUGUAGUAGUUACAGUAAUUUUUGUAAGCACAAAAUACAGAUAAACAUUUAUUUCAAAAGAAUCAUUAAAAAAUUCACAGUGUUAAUCAGAAAUUGUCACUAUUGUUGGAAAAACACCUGCAAGUUUGAAACCAGAACAGUUUCUGUUUAUCUGAAGGCUUGUCGAUAUUUGGAUGAUUGCUUGAGGCAAAAUGAUUUUCCUCAAGUAAAAACAUAAAUGACACAAUUUUAAGUCAGUUUAUGACUGUCAGAUUUUGUUAUAAGUUACAUUUGUUUUAGAGUAGUUCUGCUGAAUUUAGAGGGUCAGCUCUACCAUUAGGGAUACUUUUUGCACCAGUAAAGUAAGAUAAAUCUGCUUUGCCACUUGUAUGCUGUGAUGUUUGCCAUAAAACUUGCUUGUUGUAACAUGUUUUAAGCAUAAAAGGAGUCAGCAUUGUGCUUUCUGAAAGAGGCAAUAGCUUCUUUUGAAGAUAUGAUUGCUUAUUAGGAAGCUUUUAAUACCUGUGUGGCUUCUCUUGACCCAGGGAGUGAACAUGAUAGGAGGCACUUUGCUGAAGUGACUAGUUUACCUGUCAAGUAGUAGGGCUCUUUUUUUGGUUUCUGUGCAAGUGCACACUUUUUUGCAGAUUGAUGUCUCCUUGCACGUGUGUUGAUUAUGCCAGUAAAACUUACAAUUUUGAGCUUCUUUAAAAGAGUUUACAGUUAAGAUAUCUUUGAGUUCACAAACUAUUUUCAAAAGCAGAUACUUUUUGAUUUACAUAAGAAAAUUUUUUAUUCUGGGGUGAAUGGAAUCUGCAAUAAUCAUUACUGAAUGUGUAAUAAAUGCUUUCAGAUUUAUGCAAACUGUCAUGCUUAUUACUGAAUUAAGAGUGCUAAAUCAUGUCCAAUUCUAUGUGUUCAUGCAUUGUGUAAUUAAUUAUAUAGCAUGGUUCUGAUAUCUGUAAUUUUGUUCUUUCACUAAUGUGUAUGCACAUACAGCCAUAUACGUGAUGCAAGUGACUCUUGAGACUUAUUUCCCUUUCAGUGAUAGAUCGUGGGAAAAUAUGCAAACAACAGUUACGAAAAAGAAGAGUUUCUCUUAUCUUCUUUGUUUUCUUUUGUGUGUCAAGAGGAUUUGGUGAUUCCAACAUUCCAGCAAACUGAGUUUUGCCAAGCAUUUUGACUUAUAAUUAUGAGAAAACCUGUGCAAGUAUUUUCAUCUGCUUGUUAGUGCUAGUGCUUAUGCUAGAAAUCGUAUGGAGCAACUUUGAAGCUUGAAACAGAUUUUGUAAACAUUUAUUUAUGUUUGUAAACUUGAGCACUCUUACAACAGUUUGUGUUCCUUCUUGUUCAAGCUUCAUUUACAAGGAGGUUCAGUUGUGCAUCAGUUAAGCGUUUGUGUCGAAUACAGCAAGAAUCGAAAGUCCUGGGUUCAGUAUUGUUCAGUUUAAAACUGUUUUUUCUCUGCAUGUAGCACAUGUUUACAGUGAUAUAGUUUUAGCUGCAUCAGUUUCCCUUCCCUCUCUCCUGACAAUGCCAUGUUUGUAUUUAACACAUUAUGUAUAAAGGCUGGCAAUAAUCAUUAAUGCAGAUGUAAUGAUGUGAUAACUCUCCCUCACUACAAAUUUGUGGAGGAGAAAAUUCGGUCACAAGUUAGGCAGGGAAGCAUACCCAGUCUAACAGGAAGCAAAAUAGUCAUGUGGCUCUAAGUGUCCAUAACAGUUGUAAGUGAAGAAUGGUUGUGUUUGAACAAGAUAUUCCUGCCAAGUGUACAUGUAAACAUGUAUUUUUAACAUGUAUUUGUUACAUUAAGUGCAACAUGAAUGACAUUAUGGCACAUCAGCAGUUCUGCUAAUUUAGUGCCUUAAUAAGUUAUUUUAUUCAGCAUUAGGUGAAAGAUAAAUUUUCCUCUGGAGUUUUGAAUGUCUAUGGUUGAACGUGACCGUUAUUCAUCACUUUGUAUAAUUUGAACAUUGUAUUGUUACUAACCUAUCAGCCAUUGCACACAGUGUAUAGCAAGUUUUAUUCUCUCGAUUAUUCCUUACCUCUCUUCCUCCCCCCCCCCCCCCCAGUGUGUGUGUGAGGAGAUAUGUUUCAGGUAUGUUCUUGUGCACAUAUGUGAAUUAGUUUUAUCAAUGCCCAAUUUUUGAAAAAAAAAUUCCGGGUGAACUACAUGUUUAAUGGUUUGUCUUUUUAGCUGUAUGAAAUUCUCAACCAAAAAAAACUGAGGGUGUCACUCAUAUUCUGUAUUUCUCUGUUUCUUUGUGUUCUUAUGUAACAUUGCAGUCUUGACAUCAUUUUUUGUGUGGUUUUGCCAUUUUUAAAUGAGCUGUGGGGGCAGGAGUCAAUAAAGUAUUUUUGAAAUUACA